CUCGACAGAUCAAGAGGAAGUAAGAAAAGAUCCUUAUCUCUCCAAAGCCCACAAGUAACGACCACACAAAUUUGCUGUUGGUUUUCACCUUUUUUUCCCGCUAUCCUCGCAAAGUAAGGAAAACAGAGCACAAUGCUGCUUCCAUCUCUCCAACUCCCAACACCCAAAACCCCGACUCCCCUUUACCUCAAAUUCCGCACUUCUCACCGUGAAAACAUUCGCUACCUGAAAGCUAUAGGCAUUAUCGACCCAAACGCCAAGGCCCGCAACCUCCCAUCCCCUCAAACCGUCGACCAAGUCCUUGCCACCAUCAACUUCCUCAAGUCCAAGGGUAUCCAUGACCAAGACUUCUCCCGCCUCGCCUUCCUUUGUCCCCAGGUCUUCUCCACCAACUUUGAUACCUCUGAAAUCGAACCUGUUUUUGAUUUCUUGAUCACUGACUUGGAUGCUUCUGUCGAAGAAUCUCGCGGCUUGGUCGUUAACUGUCCCGACCUCUUGUUUUCGAACGUUGAAUAUUGUUUGAGGCCUACCCUUGAGUAUCUCAGGGCACUAGGGGUGGAGAAACUGAACGAGCCAAGCAAGCAGAAGGCUUUUCUGUUGAAUACCAGGGUGGAGAGGCUAAAGGUCAAGAUCAGGUUCUUGAGGAGCAUAGGGUUAAGAUACGAAGAGGCAGCGAGUUUCUGUGCUAGAAUGCCGUCAAUAUUUGGGUACAAUAUCGAUGAUAACUUGAGGCCUAAGUAUGAGUUCUUGGUGGGAGAAAUGGAGAGGAGUUUGGAGGAGUUGAAGGAGUUUCCACAGUAUUUUGGGUUCAGUUUGCAUAAGAGGAUAGCACCCAGGCAUUGGCAUUUGAAGCAGAGGAAUGUUAGGAUCAAGUUAAAUAGGAUGCUGUUAUGGGGUGAUGAAAGGUUUUACUCAAAAUGGAAGUGAAAUUUGGAGUAAUAAUUUUAAUCAUAUAUUCUUAUACCCUUUCUUUUCUUCCUUUUCGGUGUUUGGGCAUUUUACCCAAAAAAUAAAAACACAAACAAGGGGUUUGUAACUUUAUGUAUAGGAAAAAUGAAGGGGGCUCGAUUGGCUCAUGGCGGUCAAUGAAGAUGAAAUUUGGUCUUCACAUCUAUCUUCCUUCCCAUUACCAUCUUUCUGGGUUUCACAAUUUUGGCUACAGUUAACUUGAAUGCAUAACAAGCAAAGAUAUGCAUUUUGCAUUUGCCAGAAAAAAUCUGAACUAGGGAGCUG